AUGGAAUGUGCGGUAGGAACUGCGCUACUCGCUGCCUCACAGCAUCCCAGUUCAUCACAUCUACUCUAUACAACUAUAAAUACAAGUAACAUUGAUCCACAGCGGGUAGCAAUACAGCCCCGUCUAGCCCUCUCCGUGCCUUGCAAGCAGGGACAGGGCUACACGGUACUGCAGUGCAGGCACAGCGGGCUCUCCGAGGCACCGACAUGCCAGGCCCUCUAC